GAGGGGCGUAGCGUGGAGCGCCUAGGAAGCUUCGCACAUUUCAAUAUCUAUGCGUAAAUAUUAACCGUAGUAUCCGAUACUACACCACUGUAUUUUAUAUUGAAGUUCUUCCCGUGCACAGCAGACUUUGAUCAACGACAUGACGGACUCUUGGCAAGAAUGUAUGAACCACUGUGUGGACGUAACCAAACAGGCGGGGAAGAUUGUCCGAGAGGCGCUCGAGAAGGACAUUGCGGUCAUGGAGAAGAGUUCUCCGACGGAUCUGGUGACAGAGACGGACCAGAGAGUAGAGAAGCUCAUUAUAUCCGCCAUCAGGGAGAAGUACCCCACACACUGCUUCAUAGGGGAGGAGUCUGUGGCUGCAGGUGCGCCCAGUGUUCUCUCCGACGGCCCCACCUGGAUCAUAGACCCCAUCGACGGCACCACUAACUUUGUUCACAGGUUUCCCUUUGUGUCCGUAUCCAUCGGCUUCACCGUCAACAAAGAGGUAGAGUUUGGGAUCGUGUACAGCUGCAUGGAGGACAAAAUGUACACAGCGCGGCGAGGGAAGGGUGCCUUCUGUAACGGUCUCCCCAUCAAGGUGUCCGGUCAAGAAGAUAUUACGAAGUCUCUGGUUCUGACUGAGAUGGGUUUGAAGAAGGAUCCGGAACACUUCAAAACUGUGAUGGACAACAUCCAGAAAAUACUUAAUGUCCCUGUGCAUGGCGUGCGGUGCCCGGGCAGCGCGGCCGUCAACAUGUGUCUGGUGGCGUGUGGCGCUGCCGACGCCUACUACCACCAGGGGAUCUACUGCUGGGACAUGGCCGGGGGGGCGGCGCUGGUCACUGAGGCCGGGGGGGUCAUCGUGGACAUCACAGGAGGGCCGUUUGACCUGAUGUCCCGCCGGCUGAUCGUAGCCAGCAGCCCACGCGUGGCGCAGCGCAUCGCUCAGGAGCUCACCGUGUUCCCAUGUGGGCGGGACGACGCGCCAUGCUCACACUAGGGCUGCACCACGAUUCGCGUUGAAACUCGCGAUCUCGAUUCUUAACCAUGCGAUGUAAUUAUUAUUUUUUCUUUUUUUUUUUAAACAAGCACGCCUACUUUCUCCCUCAACCAAUCACAACGCAGUGUUACACCAUGUGCUUCAGAGCAGCAGAAAACCAGGGGGAGUAAAGCCAGAGAGCCAGGGAGACACCAGCGUGUUACAAUCAGACGGUGCGGGAGAAGUUUUGCAAGGAAGGACAAAUAUAUUCAGUUUGAGAUUCAAGCUGAAACAUGAUUGUCCUCUUUCUGUUUUCCAAGGUGGAUGUUCUAUCUCACGCACAAUCAUAGUUUUUGUUUCGUUUCCUUCUGUAUCAUGUCAUUUGUGCAAUAAAACUUUGUAUUGGAAACAAAU